AUGUCGCCCGGGGUCGUCACAUCGUCAACGAACUCCGUACAGGACACCCCACGUGCCACACCUGCCUACCACCCUGCUAGGGCGGGUGGUACUAGACACCACAAACCGCGCAUGCGAACGCUCCCCUCUUCUUGCCACUUCCCUCACUUCCGCUUCCGUCCGGGUGCAGUCGCCGGAGGAUUCCGCUCGCGCUCUAUGCUCCGCGGUCGCGGGCUGCCCGCCGCCCGCCGGCCCGCCGGGAAGGGUGAGGAGAGGGAGAGGGAGAGCGGUGCGGGGCAGCGGCCGGCUCGCGGCCGGGGUGGAAAGCCCCCGGGACCCCGCGCGCCUCCCCCGCGCUGUGCGCUCCCGGGGAGGUGUAGCCCCGCGCCCCCUGCGCCCGCCGGCGCGCCUCCCGUCCCCCCGGCCCGGGUGUCCGCGCCUCCUCCCCGCGGCAGCAGCUCACGGCCCCGGCUCUGGCUCUGCGCCCUCGGCGGUGGCCCCGCUUUGCCUUCGUACCUGCGCCCCCGCCUCCACCGAGCGCCGCCGAGUGUCUCCCUGCCGUACCUCCUUCUGGGCCGGACAGGAAACCGCAUCCAAUCAACACCCUGUGAAAAUAUGUACAAUCCUUUCUGCUUACUGUGCUCGCGGCGUAAUUGAGCUUGUUAUUUAAAUGCACAAGAAAAAGGUUUCUGAGGAAUGUAUCACCUGGCGAAUUGAAGUCUGAGGAUUAUACCCAGCUGAUGAAUCUCAAAAUGGAUAAAGAAAUUGGCAAGCAAAUAUGCCCCCCCCCCUCCUUUUUUUGGAUGAUAAAUUUGCUAGGACACUGUAGAAAGUAUCUGAUCAGCUGUUGUGGAAGCCGUGGGGACUCGUUGAUCUGAAUUUCCUCAAAUUCAUUUUUUGUAUUGACAGUUUUCUAGAAGUGAUUCUUGCAUGCUCUGAACACGGAAGGAAGCUUUCCCCACGAUUCUUUAAUGAGCUGUCACCUCCUCUAUCCUUUUAAAGAUAUUUUCAUAGAUUCCGAAAUACACUGGAUUUUUUUCCCUUAAAAGUCCCGGAGGCCUGAAUAUUUUUAAAUCAAAUAAAGAAGAAAGAUGUCAUGAUAGAGGAAGAAAUGGUUCACUUCUAGAAAUUGAUUUUGAAUUUUUCAUUUUUAAAAUACACUUAAAAAAAUUGUGGUAGAAAAUAUUUAUUU